CUUGGCUCGAGACGGCUUUGAUUUUUUUUAUUUUUUUUAUUAUUUUUUUUGGGGGGGGGGGGGCUUUUUGAUUUUUCCCUCGUUGAGAGAAAAACGCGAAUCAUCCGCAGAGUAAAUCCUGCGCAUCGCGUCCGACCGGACCGACAGCGGCCGAGCCAGAAAGUCGACUCCCGGUCCAGGAGCGCAAAGGAACAUGAUCUGAGCCAGAAACCCUGCAAACCGACCCAUUCACAGGAACAGGAUGAAUCUCCACGUGUUGGACCCCGCUUCUGUUGUCGUCCUGCUCUGGGCCCUGUGCGCCACGGUGAGGAGCCACUGUGAUAAAUCAUCUGAGAGCGGCAAGCUUAACCUCUCGGUCACCUACAACCUCCCCACGUUCACCGCUGACUUCCCCGUCCAGAACAUGGUGACGCUGAACGGAGUUGUAUACGUGGGGGCCGUCAACCGGAUCUACGCUCUCUCCCCGGACCUCGAGAAGCUGUCCGAGUUCCACACGGGGCCGCUGUUCGGGAACCAGACCUGCGGCCGGAAGCAGGACAGCGCGGGACACGCCGCCAGGGUCGAUAACCGCAACGUAGCCCUGCUGGUGGAGACCAUCUACGACAAGGGACUGUUCAGCUGUGGCUCGGCGGAUCACGGCGUUUGCCGCCGCCAUGUCCUGGAUGACGGCACCGGCCUGAAAACGGUGGACAACGACGUCUACUGCUUUUCAGACUACAAGGACCGGGGAGAACACAGCGAUCCGAACCGUGUGAUCAGCCCCGCCGGUUCCCAGGUGCUCAAUGUGGAGAGCAACGUCAUCCAUUUCUUUGUCGGGAACUCCGAGAUCCCAGGUCUGGGGAACAUAUCCCGGGCGACCCCCACGCCCCACACCAUCUCUGUGCGAAAGAUGAAGACGAGCCAGAACGGUUUCACCUUCUUCUCCGACCGCUCGUACAUCGACUUGAUUCCAUCGCUGCGUGGAAGCUACUACCUGCGCUACGUCCACUCGUUCCACAGCGGACCCUUCACCUACUUUCUCACCGUGCAGCGGGUGAGCCGGGACUCCCAGGCCUACCACACCCGCAUAGUCCGCAUGUGUUCCUCAGACCUGGAGAUCCGACGCUACGUGGAGAUGCCUCUCGAAUGCAUCAGCACUCCCAAGAGGCGCAAACGCUCCACGGAGGCCUUGAUGGUGUUCAACGUGCUGCAGGCAGCGCACGUCGCCAAAGUGGGCAGCGACCGCGAGCUGCAGAAGCAGCUGACGGUGGACGAGGACGACGAUGUGCUCUUCGCCGCCUUCGCCAGGAGCAAGCCGAAUUCCCCGGAGCCCACCGCCAACUCGGCCAUCUGCGUCAUCUCUCUGAAACACAUCAACAACCUCUUCAAGAAGUACAUGCAGAUGUGCAACACGAGGGACCCCUAUCACUUCACCGGGUCCGAUGAGAAGGCUUGCUACAAUGUGAGUUCAUCAGAUGACUGCGGCCUGCACGAGGGAAUCCGUGAAGGGAAAGAGGGAGAGUACCGCCUGGAGGUAACCCAGGGCGUCCAAAGGCUGGAAUACUGGUACAAGCAGCUGACCAACACUUUGGUUACCUCCAUCACCGUGGUACCGGUCCACGGCCACCCUGUGGCCUACCUGGGCACUGCUGACGGACGCCACAUACAGGUGCUGUUUUCGCGGGACGCCUUGGCACAUGUGGACAUACGUCUAGACAGUCAGCCCGUCUCCCCGAGUGUGGCCCUGCUGGACCCCCAGAGCCCCAGCGGGUCCCUGCUGCUAGCAACAGGAAACAAGAUCACCAAGGUCCCUCUGAUUGGCCCCGGCUGUGGUCAGCUGAUGACCUGCACUUCCUGUCUUCUGUCGUCGGCGACUACAGGCUGUGGCUGGUGUGAUGGGCGCUGCGCCAGAGCAAACCAGUGUCCUUCCUCCGACUGGACUCAGGAUCACUGCACCCCCGUUAUCACGAAGAUCUUGCCGGCAUCGGGCCCUUUACAAGGGUCCACGGUCGUGACGGUGUGCGGACGCAACUUCGGCUUCGAUAAGACCAUGAGCUUCAAGGCCUCGCUGGUGAAAGUGGAGGUGUCUGGAGCUACCUGCAAGCUCUCCAGACAGGACCAUGUUAAUAGGUGGACUGAGCUGCAGUGUUCCCCCAUGUCCAGUGGCAACUUCACUCCCUCGGGACGCACGGUCAAGGUCACCAGCGGCCACAAAGUAGCCCAGACGGAGGGCUUCUCCUAUGUGCAUCCAGUGAUCAUGGAGAUCUUCCCGGAGUUCGGGCCCAAGGCGGGGGGAACCAUGCUGACCAUCAGAGGAGCUUUCCUGGACACCGGCAACCGGAGAGAGGUGACUGUGGGGAAGAACGCCUGUAAGAUCCAGAGCAUGUCGUCCGGCAUGCUGACCUGUAAGACCCCGCCCAACGUGGACCCCUCCAAGCAGCCGGUGAAGCUGACGGUGGACUCGGUUGAGCUGCUCGCCCCGGUGCCUUUCACCUACAACGAAGACCCCGUCAUCAACAGCAUCCAGCCGUCGCGCUCCUUCAUCAGCGGAGGCUGCACGGUGUCGGCUCACGGCUUCUUCCUCCGGUCCGGCCUCCAGCCCCAGAUGGUCCUCACCACCGCUCACGACGCAGAGGUCUUCCAUGUGAGCUGCGUGUUCAGUGAGAACCGGACGUCCAUCCAGUGCACCACGCCCUCCCUGGCCAAGCUGGCCCUGCAGCCCCCGGUGGUCACCAAGGUGGCCUUUGUUCUGGACGGCUUCUCCACCUCCCAGUGGGACCUGAUCUACGUGGAGGAUCCUCUCUUCCAGGACCCCAAGCUCACGUCCAAGGACAACAAGAGCAUCGUGGAACUCAAGGGGGACCAUAUGGACAGGGAGGCGAUGAAGUGUCAGGUGCUGACGGUGUCCAACCACAGCUGUGAGAGUCUGACGCUGGUGGGGAACACGCUGGAGUGCACCGUCCCCAACGAGCUGCAGGCCGCUGCAGCCACCAAGGAGCUGCAGGUGGAGUGGCAUCAGGCGGACACCAUCAGGCACCUGGGCAAGGUGACGCUGGCCCAGGAGCAGGACUACACGGGCCUCAUCGUGGGCUGCGUCUGCGUCAGCCUGCUGCUGAUGCUGCUGGGAUCUCUGCUGAUGUGGCGAAACAACAAGCACAUCGACGAUCUGUCUGAGGUGUGGUAUGAUGGCCGGGCUCACAUCCAGCACCUGGACAGGCUGGCUAACGCGCGGAGUGUCAGCCCCACUAAUGAGCUGGUCUCCCACGAGUCGGUGGACUAUAGAACCACCCUGCUAGAGGACCAGGGCGCUGAGAGGCCCGAGACCUGCCGGGGGGCUCCCCCCAUCUAUGGGGGCAAUGGGGAGCUUCUGUCCCCCAGGUUGGGGGUGCUGGGAACAGGCAUGGGGAUGGGGAUGGGGAUGGGGUCAGAGGGGGAGCUGAUGUCACCCCUGCUGAUGGCACCGGUCCACAUCGACCCGUCCUGCCUCCACCCAGACCUGCUGAAGGAGGUGCAGCAUGUGGUGAUUGCCCGGGAGCACCUCCUGCUCCACCUUAACCAAGUCAUUGGCAGAGGUCACUUUGGUUGUGUGUUUCAUGGAACGCUGCUGGAGCCUGACGGUCAGAAGCAACACUGUGCCGUGAAGUCCCUGAACCCCCCCAAGUCGGACGUGUGGUCGUUCGGAGUGCUGCUGUGGGAGCUGAUGACCCGAGGAGCUCCGCCCUACUCGGACGUUAACUCCUUCGACAUCACCGUCUUCCUCCUUCAGGGAAGGAGGCUCUUACAGCCGGAGUUCUGCCCGAUUUACACGGUGAUGAUCGAGUGCUGGCACCCCAAGCCGGAGAGGCGCCCCACCUUCUCGGAGCUGGUGUCUCGCAUCUCCAACAUCUUCUCCAGCUUCAGCGGCGAGCACUACGUGCUGCUCAACACCACCUACGUCAACAUCGACAAGAUGAGCCCUUACCCGUCCCUCCUCGCCCCCUCCAACUCCUCCUCGUCCACUUCCUCCAACCCCUCCGCCUCCGCCUCGCUGCCCUCCCCCUCGCACGUCAGCCGGCUACAGCGGGAGUGCUGCACCUGAGGGGGACAAACAGCAGACGGAUGGGGAGAGAGAGAGAGAGAGAGGACUCAGAGUGAA